AUGGAAGAUGACAUAAGCUCGAUCUCUAUCCUCGGAGUCCUCUACCAAGAGUUCAAGUUAGCCAGCAUUUCAUUGGAUGCAGAGCUCUCUAUCCUCGGAGUCCUCUACCAAGAGUUCAAAAAUAUAAAAAUGGUUGAAUCGGGCAAAGCUAGAGCCUCAAAGAAAGGUAGAAAGGGGCGUAAUUGUGGAAUUGGAAAUGAGAUCUGGAAAGAUUUUCCUGAGGAUUUGUUUGAAGGUGUACUAGCAAGAGUUCCGAUAGCAACGUUUUUCCGGUUCCGUUCAGUUUGUCGGAAGUGGAAUUCAUUGCUUACUUCUCAAAGCUUCACCCAGCAAUAUGGGGAAGUAAAGCACGCAAAGCCUUGGUUCUAUGGCAUCACCAACGAGAGCGAAUAUACAAGAACGGGAGCAGUGUAUGAUCCUUCAUCGAACAAGUGGCGCCAUCCAACUUUGCCUGCUUUUCCAACCAAAAUGUCCCUGUUUCCAGUGGCAUCAGCUGGAGGUCUCAUCUGCUUCGCUGACUACAGCCACAGAAGCUUCUACGUGUGUAACCCUCUGACAAGGUCAUUCAAGGAGUUGCCAGCCAGGUGUGGGAAGCCGGAGUGGCCGCGUAUAGCUGUAGGGAUGACGCAGAUGCAGAAUGGUGGGUAUAAGAUCCUUUGUGUUGGUAGUGAGGGGGACUUCCAAGUGUUGGACUCUGCUAAUAACUCUUGGAUUAGUCCAGGAAGCAUGCCCCCGAGUAUCAAGCUUCCACUAGCGCUCAGGGCGUUCAUGUGUGAGGCGGUUUCAAUUGAGGGGAGGCUGUAUUUCAUGCAGUCAGGGCCGGACAGGCUCCUGUCAUAUGAGGUGAACACCGGGAUGUGGAGACAGUACAUAGUCCCCAACCCUCCUCACAUGAGUCUGAGAGGUCACACAGUGGCGGAGAGCGAGGGAAGGAUCAUGCUGGUGGGGCUGCUGAAGGAGAAUGCAGCAUCAUGCGUAUGCAUAUGGGAGUUGGAGAUGACGACUCUGCUGUGGAACGAGGUUGACAGAAUGCCAAACAAAUUGUGCUUGGAGUUUCAUGGAAAGAAGAAUGUUACAAUGAGUUGCCUGGGUAACAAAGCCUUGCUUAUGCUAUCCCUCGCAACUAGCCACAUGAACCGACUUUUUACGUACCACCUAUCCACCCGGGAAUGGCGCAAGCUUCAUACCCGGACCCAGUAAGACCCCUUCGAUUGACACCGGCACUACUUUUCA